AAACAUCAUUUAAAAUUGGAGGGAGUAUCUUAUUAGUUUUAACAGUAUUAAUUUUAUUAUAAUCUUGGUCCGAACUAGGCAUGGGCAGAAAAACCGGAACCGAAAACCAGAACCGAAACGGCGAAACCGACCCAAAAAGAAGAACCGAACCUAGAACCGGUAAAAUACCCUAUUGAGUCCUAAACUCCUAGACCCAAAGAACCGGAACCAAACCGAUUUUUUGUAUUUACCCUAUUGGGUCUUAACCUUCUAGACCCGAAUCGAAACCGAACCGAUUUUUUGUAUUUACCAUAUUAGAUCCUAAAUUUCUCUACUCAAAAGACUUGGACCCGAUCGAGGUUUACCUAAAUCCGAUCCGAGUAUCCGAAUGCCCACGCCUAGUCACUCUGAAUCAAAACUAAAUUUAGUUCUACACUUGGAACCGAUUUUGUAAAACACUAAUAAAACUCAACCAAACUAAACCGAAAAACUGAAACCAUCUCCUGGGAAACGCCGUCGCUUAAGGUUUUGUUUCCCUCACCAAACCCUUUCCUCGUUUAUCUAAACAAACCUCAACCAUCUCCAUCAAUCAUCUUCUCUAUAUAUACACAUAUAUGUAUCGAUGACUUCAAAAGCUUCAAGUUAUUAUUUAUCAGUAAUGGAACCAAUUACUUAUUCCAAAGAUCUUCCAUUAUUCUUCUCUAUCUUCAUCUUCGCUUAUCUUCUCGGUUACUUAUUCAUUUUCAAUAAAUGGACUCCAGAGACUCGUCCUUUAGCUUCCAGCUGUUUAAUCUCCCUCCUCCACGGUGUCUCCGCCGUCGUACUCGCCACCAACGCCUUACUCUCCGACCCUAACCGUGGAUUCUCCUCCGUCAACACCCGAUCUCAAAACUCUGUUCUCGAUUUCAGCUCCGCUUAUUUCCUCGCUGAUCUCGUCCACCUCGCCGUGUUUCCUUCUCCCGCCGGCGGAGACUCACUUUUCGCAGCUCAUCACGCCGCCGUGCUCUUCGUUUUCCUCACGUGCCGUUACAUGGUUGCUCACGGCGCUUGCGCUCUGCUGGCGCUGCUCGUCGUCGCCGAAGCGACCAGCGCGUGUCAGAACACGUGGACGCUAGCGGAUGCGCGUGGUAAAGACGCGCCUCUCGCGGUGAGUUUGCACCGUUUCGUGACGGUGCCGUUUUACGCGUCGUAUAGCGUUUGCAGGUGCGUUAUAGCGCCGUUGCUUAUCGUUAAGAUGACGUGGUUUUACGUCAGUGGAGGCGCUGAUGACGUCAUACCCAGAUGGGUUUGGGUUUCGUGGACCGUUGUUAUUGUUGCUGCCGUUACCGUUAGUAUCCUUUGGAUUUGGAAUUUAUGGGUUCUGUUUUUUCAGGAAAGGUAUUCCAAAUUUACCAAAAAAGUUAAAUAGAAAAAUAUUUGAAUUUUCCAUAUUCGAGAUUUGUUAUCUAAUUUGAGCGUAAAUUAAUAUCUCCGAAUAAAUUAUGUUCAUGGAUUUGGAUUUGUA